AAUUUAUAAUUUUAGGUUGUCGUAAAUUGUUAAAGUCCUGGUCACUUGAUCAUGCGCUCGAGAGUGCACCCUCAGUGGAGAGGCACAGUAGAAUCUGGGGAGGCUAGGACGGCAUUCAAUCGAACCCGUGAAAGUGGGAGAAAGGAAAUCUCGAGCAGAGCAAAAUGAGUGCGGAAGGAGGGCCAGGCGAAUAUUGGAAGAGGCAGGCCUCACCUGUGUCUCGGAUAGUGAAUCCGGAGCUGCAUGUGAAACCCAAUGUGUUGGUAGCGGCUAUAGGGACUGGGAUAUUUGCUCUGAUUCUCGGUAACAUGAUGUGGACUAAGUAUUCCGUCGAGAAGCAGCAGAAAAAGACAUCGCACAGUUGACGGCGCAACCUGCAAGCGUUUGGCGAUUGUAUAGAAUUCGAGCGAAGUACUCAUGUUAUAGAAGUUGA